AACUACGACUAAAUUGUGGUUUAUCGAUAGUUAUCACAAGUUGUUUCAAUUAAAAUUAAAAUGCGUUUAAAUCAACGCUACAAUUGGUAGAUAGGUUGCAAAUAAAAAUUGGAUUGAACGUUGAUUUUUGAUACUUGUCAUGAAGACAAACAAUCAAAUCUCGUCAUUAGAUCAAUAGACUUUUUUAAAUUAUAAAAAAAUUAUUAUCAAACUGAUUGUUAUAUAUAUAUAUAUGUUCCGGUUGCGAUUUCUCAGUACUAAGAUCGAUUAGUGUCUGAUAUUAAUAAGUGUAUAUUAGAACAUUUCAAACAAAAAUGACGGGAACUACCAAACACCCCCACGAUGCCGAAUAUCGCCUUUUGGAUACGGAGUAUAAAAUUAAAAUGAACGGUGGUGAAGUUGUCGGACCGGAAGAGACGCCAAAUUUAAAAAAGGAAAACUGGAGGAAUCUUGUUGCCUAUUGGAUUCUUGGGUUGUGUAACAAUUAUGGGUACGUCGUUAUGUUGAGUGCUGCCAAAGACAUUUUACAUGCUCAAACGCCGGAAACAUGGGGUGAUGAGGGCCAUAAUAGCGAAAGAGACUGCAAUUAUAUGUCAACGGGGGCCAUAUUACUAGCUGAUAUCCUUCCUUGUUUAGUUAUUAAAUUAAUAGCACCAUUUUUACCGUUUUUCGUCCACGUACGCGUCGCUUUAUGUGUUUUAUCAGCGGCUGGUGGACUCCUUUUGGUUGCUUUCAGUGAAAGCCAGUUUAUGUCCAUCUUUGGGGUGGUGAUAACAUCGUUCAGUUCGGGUCUGGGCGAAGUAACUUAUUUGCAAUACAGUUCGUUUUAUCACAAAAACGUAAUUUCUUCGUGGUCAUCUGGUACGGGAGGUGCUGGGGUGAUCGGAGCUUUAUCUUACGCCGCUUUGAAUAAGCUCGGAAUUAGAAACGCUCUUUUAAUCAUGUUGAUUGUCCCCGUUUUGAUGGGAGUAUCUUUUUGGUUCAUUUUACGACAGCCAGACGAGAAAGGCGAUGUGGCACUUCAACAUAAAAUUAACAAAGAUGAAAUUAAUGAUCCUUACGAAAGUUUCAAAAAAAAAUUGGCUAUCUUACCUGGGUUAAUGAAGUUUAUGAUCCCUCUCGGAUUAGUUUAUCUGUUUGAAUACUUUAUUAAUCAGGGAACUUUUGAAUUAAUAAAUUAUGAUGAUACAUUCAUUGACCACGCCGCUCAAUAUAGAUGGUUGCAAGUUGAUUAUCAAAUUGGUGUCUUCAUAUCGAGAUCGUCGGUUAAUUUGAUUCAUAUUAAAAAUAUUUGGAUCAUGGCGAUUCUUCAACUUUUCAACGUCGCCAUCUUCACAACGGAAGCUAUCUUUUAUUACAUUCCAGCGUUUUGGGUUGUGUUAAUUUUGACUUUGUGGGAAGGUCUUUUAGGGGGUGGAGCUUAUGUUAAUACUUUUUAUAGAAUUUCCACUGAGGUUUCAGAAGAAAAUAAACAAUUCUCUAUGGCCACAACUAGUUUUGCUGACUCCGUAGGGAUUACUUUAGCAGGAAUUUUCGCGAUUUUCGCACAUAACGCAAUUUGCGAUAUGCCGAAACCUGUACGAUUAACUUUUUAAUUUAUUUAUUUUUAAGUAGGUUGUUUUAAUUUUUAUAUUAUUAAUUUUGUUAGAGUAAAU